AUGGAAACACGUACGCAAGAACUUAGUCCUAGUUUUAGUCGUCGAUCUAGGACGGAACUAACAGGAAACCGAACGAGACAUCUGAUCACGUUCAAUCCAAAUUCAGCGAAACCCGGGGAAGAUAUCUAUGUGAAUAUUCCAAAACUCAAACCGGAUUCUGUUCUCGUUCCAGAUAGUAUGGCCUUAAUCUUUGACUUUAAGAAUGCCAAUGAAAAAUCAUGGUUCCGAAAUAACUUGGGAAAAUUAUUACAGAAAAGAUUAGAAAUUCGUCUUGCCGGUGAAAAAGUUUACGAUAACAGCGGUGAAAGUUUAUUGGAAAUUUACAAAGACUUGUGGAUGGAUGAAAAACAACGCGCGGAUAUGAUCCAGGACGGAAUUACGACCGAAGCCGUUCGUAAGAAAAUCUCCAAAGACGACGAGGCGAAUGCCGACGCUGAUCCCACCGCAUUGUUUGGAAUUUUCGGAAAGAAACAACGGUUGAAGAUUACGAAGAUUUUAGGCGAUCACGGACUGUACGCUCCGUAUCAUUCCGCCAACGAUCUUCAGUAUGUGAUCACGUUACCACAAGCGCCGGAAAUCAUGAAUGCACAAAGCGGAGAAACCGUCGAAGGGUAUUCCUUGGAAAAUUUAGAAUUGGAAUACGAAUCUAUCGAAAAUAUAAAUCUUGCACGAAAAUCCGAAAAUCUCUACGGUGCCGAACGCGAAUUAUCUUUCGAACAUGCCACGUUGAUGAAAAAGACCGAAUGGGAUAAAAGUUUGACGAUCGUUAACGAAACCGUCAAUCUUCCACGACGAAGUAUGAAAGCCAUCGUCAUGCUAUUCACGGAAAAAACGCCGACCGAUAGCGAAGAAUAUGUCUUUCCGAAUAUCGACAAAGUCAAAGUGACGAUCGAAGGUGUUCCAAACGUCGUGUACAGUCAGGGCAUAUCGAAGACGCGAAUGUACGAAGAAGCCAAACGUCUUUUUGGAACCGAUGUCAACGGACAACAAUCCCUGAUUAAAUUUUACAAAGAUAAAAAAUUUGCAUUGGUCAUCGACUUGCCGACGGCUAACGAUGCAAAAACGUAUGGAAACGGAGUCAAAAUUCAAAAUACACAAUCUGGAAUCCUCAUCGAAAUUACGAAAAAAGCAACGACCGCCAACGUUCUCUGUUACAC